AUGAGCCUCAAACCGAGCGGCUCUAAGCCGCAUGAGACAGAAGGCAUCUCAUCUCCUCACUCUUCUGAAAUUGUUGUUGGCUGUCGUAAAUCGGAGCUUGCACUCACUCAAACUCGGUCCAUUAUAUCAGAGCUGAGCCAAAAACUCGACCCCUCCCCGAGCUUUGAAAUCGCCACAAGCAGCGUCGCUGGCGAUGCAGAUAAGCAGUCGCCCUUCAUGCUUCUCUCUAAGCAGACGGGUGGAUCAGACAUUGGCAAAAGCCUAUGGACGAAUGGCCUUGAAAUGGAAUUGGCGGCUGGUAAGGUCCAAUUUCUUGUCCAUUGUUUAAAGGACAUGCCGACAACACUGCCACCGAACUGUCUCCUAGGAGCUAUCCCUGAGCGUGAGGACUGUUCUGAUGCGGUCGUAAUGAGAUCCGACUCGGUUAUCAAAUCUAUCGAUCAAUUACCGCCCGGCUCCGUAGUUGGAUCGAGUUCUUCGAGGAGAAGAGCUCUAGUUCGGCGGAAUUGGCCUCAUUUGGAGGUAUUAGAAUGUCGCGGCAACUUAGACACUCGCCUUGCCAAGCUUGACGCACCUUCUUCGCCGUUUUCAUGCAUUCUCUUAGCCACCGCAGGACUAGUACGUCUAGGACUCGGCCAUCGAAUAACGCAACGGCUAGAACCUACCAUAUUCCCGUAUGCGGUUGGGCAAGGCGCUCUCGGUAUCGAGCUCAGCACAGACCGUCAAGACAUCCUGCAGCUUGUCCAACUUGUCGACCAUAAGCCGUCGAGAUGGCGCGGUAUGGCAGAGAGGGCGAUGCUACGGAGUCUUCAAGGGGGAUGUUCAUCUUCAAUUGGCGUUUGGUCUUCUUUUGAGGCCCUAGAUGCGCAACAAGGCCCUGGUAGCGGCACUCUUCGCCUGCGAGCUACGAUUAUUCACAUAGAAGGAACGUCGGAGAUCUCUUCUGAGGAUGUGACCACUGUCCAGUGCGACGACGAAGCAGAGCAACUCGGUGUCUCAGUCGCAAAUAUGCUGCUUAGCAAGGGGGCGCGGGAUCUAUUGCCAGAACCAUUAUAA